AUGACCCCAGACUCCACGAACGAGAACUUUCGACUUCUAGACUUGCCAGUAGAGCUCAUCGUUGAGAUUGCGGUCUGGGCUCAGUUUCUCUGGCUUCACAGCUGUAUGUUCUCUAGAGAACUCGGCGGGCCCGUCAAGCGCCUGCUCUCCGGUGAACCUCCGGCUAUACCGUCUCGUGCUGAACCGUGUUGCCGCGGCGUUCCCGCUUCAACCCUCCCCGGGUGUACGCGAGUCGGUCUCAAUGACAUACCUAAAUCUCCUGCACAUUGCAUGAGCUCUACAUGCCGGCGCUUACGUGACAUACUUUACGGGCCCGACACUCGCAUCUGGCAACUGGACAAUAUCCUAUUCAAAUUUAUCGCCGAGAGGUCUGGUCGCAUACGCUAUAGCCGCGUCGGAAGGGGCGAGAACACACGACUUCGUGAGGUGGAAUACCGCUCGAAGCUCUUGAUUGCCUCUCCCGCCUGCGCCUGCAUCCUAUCCCACAUCCAACCGUUCUUCCAUACACUGGUCGAGCUUAAGCUCGCUGUACCGUGGUAUAGGCCUGCAGCACCUGCAACAAGCAGUGAGCAGUUCCUCAUGCGUCUUCACGACGAGGACUCGAGCGCCCUGCGGUCAGUCGACUUGGAGAUCUACGAAUGUCGUGAUGCCCCGCGUCAACCGAUGAUACGCUUGCUCUCAUGCCACCAGCUGGAGUUCUGCAACAUUACGAAUGCCGCGCACUUCUACGCCAGUCCACAUCUGACCUUCCUACGCAUCUACUUCCCUAUCUCUCGCGGCCCUCGAUUUGGCGAGGAGUUCUGGGCUGGAUUGGGAACGUGCGCCCCCAGCCUACAGCACCUAGAGCUCGACGUCGCGGGAGGGCACUUUACAGGCGGCGAAACCUUCGUGGACCUCCGUCGACUUGCAUAUCUCAAGGUGGUCGCACCUUCUCGAGAUUGUGCUUGGCUAUUACAGGCGUUGCAGAUGCAGCCUGACGUGGACAUGCACUUGGAACCAGUGGUGGACUGGAGGUUCGGCGCUGCCGCUCAAGUUGCACAGGUCGUACACGUAGGCCAGAGUGCGCCAGUGCAGGUACCCUUCGCGGCCAUAGAGACCGCUGGUGAUCUCGCGGGGGACCUUCGGCCUCACAGCGUCUGGAGAUUCCUUUGCGCUGUGGCAGUACCGGAUCACACUGCAGGCGUGUUUCACGUCCCAGCCCUCUUGCCAUCGGAGCCUAGUGACUGGCAGCGAGCUGUGAAAUCUAUUGGUCUUGACGUCCGUCUAGAUCCCUCGACGGCCACAUGGGAACGGGCCUGUGCGCGAUUCCCCGAACUUAUCGCCGUGCACUUCGGUACAACUGCGCUGGACCACAUCAGACUCUUUCCCUGCCUUGCCACCGACGCUUCGCUGCACGCAGGUCCGGCGGCGACACAACACGCAGAUCGAUCCGUCAUCUUCAGAGACGGGAUCUGGAGAGCGGAUGCUCGGGAGACAUUGUACGAACCUCGCCUGGCUGCACCGCUUCACGAUGCCAUGUCGCAUAUCACCCGUGCGCUAGCUGGGGAGAAUGCCGAUGCCGGUUUCACGGGGUUUCAUAACGUGCUGGCCGUGGUCCUCUUGCCCUUGUCUUGGAAGCCGGCCUAUUCACUAGGCUGGGCGUCCGUCCUGGAGCAUCUCGUCAAGUUAGAGCACCUUGUGUUAACAUGCAAUCAUCUGUGUCAACCUGAUGAGGCGUUCUCCGAAACCGCUGAGGGGCUUCUCGCUCCAGCUCAUCUAGCAGCCUUGGCGGUGUUUCUUAACGACGUGCGCUCUCGCGCGGGUUAUCCAUGCCGCCGGCUGCGGCUCGUUCAGCUCGGAUCACCGCAACAGUUCGCCUCAGGCGCUUAUGAUCUAGCCACGACGUGGGAGGAGCAAGUGAACACGCCGGCGAGAAUCAAAGCCACAGGUGUUCGCAUCGCGUGUACCGUAUUAUGA